CCUUGUCCAGCUUGCACCACCCCCAACCUCCUUGACGAGACACCACCACCACCACAACCACCCGAUACAACCCAUACAGCUUCAUAGACCAGCUCGCUCCCCCCUUCUCCACCAGCAGCCGACCCGCUUCGAACGAUUUCCUCGCCAAACACCAGCCUACCAGCGAUACUGUUCCAGUCGACGAUCCGCCAUGUGUCGUAGAGAGGCAGAUACGGCCGAUGCCAACAUGGACAUCUCCAAAGGCCGCGAGGUGCUGCCCAAGAACGUCAAGCCGCUUCAUUACAACCUUACGCUCGAGCCCAACUUCGAGACGUUCAAGUAUGAAGGCACAGUCGAGGUCGACCUGGAUGUGGUAGAGGAUACCAAGUCCAUCUCGGUGAACUCGUUGGAGAUUGAUAUCAAGUCGACCACCAUUCAAGCUGGAGGACAGACCAUCACAUCGUCGCCCACUCUCAGCCACGAUGAGGAUAGCCAAACCACCAAGAUCGACUUCGAGCAGUCCAUUCCCGCUGGUCAGAAGGCGAAGCUCAUCCACACCUUCACGGGCACGCUGAACGACAACAUGGCUGGCUUCUACCGAUCAUCCUACAAGGGUGCGAAUGGGGAGGAUGCAUACAUUGCUACUACACAGAUGGAGCCUACCGACUGUCGGCGAGCCUUUCCAUGCUUUGAUGAGCCAGCGCUGAAGGCCACCUUCACCGUCACCUUGAUCGCAGACGAGAAGAUGACUUGCUUGAGCAACAUGGAUGAGGCAAGCACGAAGAAGCUCGAUAAUGGCAAGAAGGCAGUCACUUUCAACAAGACACCUCUGAUGUCCACAUACCUCCUCGCCUUCAUCGUGGGAGAGCUACAGGUGGUGGAGACAAAUGAUUUCCGUGUACCUGUCAGAGUCUUUUGCACCCCGGAUAAAAACAUUGAACAUGGCCAAUUCUCCCUGAAGCUUGCAGCGCAGACUCUCGAUUUCUACGAGAAGCAGUUCGCCAGCGAAUUCCCGCUGCCAAAGAUGGACAUGGUUGCCAUUCCUGACUUCUCGGCGGGCGCCAUGGAGAAUUGGGGUCUUGUCACGUACCGCGUGGUCGAUCUGCUGCUCGAUGACAAGCACGUCAGUGCCUCGACGAAGCAGCGUGUGGCCGAAGUUGUCCAGCACGAGUUGGCUCACCAGUGGUUCGGCAACUUGGUCACCAUGGACUUCUGGGACGGUCUGUGGUUGAACGAGGGUUUCGCCACCUGGAUGUCGUGGUACAGCUGCAACGUCUUCUACCCAGAGUGGAAAGUCUGGGAAGGCUACGUGACUGACAACCUUCAAUCUGCCCUCGGCCUGGACUCUCUUCGAAGCUCGCACCCAAUCGAGGUGCCUGUCAAGCGUGCUGACGAGAUUAAUCAGAUCUUCGACGCCAUCUCGUACUCCAAGGGCUCAUGUGUGCUCCGCAUGAUCUCCAAGUAUCUCGGUGAGGACGUCUUCAUGGAGGGGAUUCGACAGUACCUAAAGAAGCACGCCUACGGCAACACCACAACUGGCGACCUUUGGGCGGCCCUGAGCGCGGCCAGCGGGAAAGACGUGGAGCGUAUCGCUGAUAUCUGGACAAAGAACAUCGGCUUCCCCGUCAUCACGGUCACAGAGGAUGCCAAGAACAGUUCCAUCCACGUCAAGCAGAACCGUUUCUUGCGUACUGCUGAUGUGAAGCCUGAGGAGGACCAGACGCUCUUCCCAGUAUUUCUCGGUCUCCGAUCCAAGAACGGCAUCGACGAGGAGCUCACACUCAACAAGCGCGAGGGCGACUUCAAGGUGCCUGACCUUGACUUUUACAAGCUCAACGCCGAUCACUCUGGCAUCUACCGCACCUCUUACCCUGCGGAACGAUUACAGAAACUCGGCGAGAACGCAAAGGCAGGUCUGCUCUCCGUCGAGGAUCGCGCAGGUAUGAUUGCCGAUGCUGGUGCGCUUUCGGCUGCUGGGUACCAGAAGACGGACGGUCUUCUUUCGCUGCUGCAAGGCUUCGACAAGGAGCCUGAUAUGGUAGUGUGGGACGAGAUCACUGCUCGAAUCGGCGCCCUUCGUGCUACCUGGAUGUUCGAGGAUGAGAAGGUCAGAGAUGCGCUCAAGACGUUCCAGCGCGACCUUUCGAGCAAGAAGGCACACGAAUUGGGAUGGACUUUUACUGGGAAUGAAGGACACAUUGAGCAGCAGUUCAAGGGUCUCAUGUUUGGCAACGCCGCCUCUGCUGGAGACGACACGACCAAGGCUGCCGCAUUCGACAUGUUUAAGAAGUUCGUCGCAGGCGAUCGCAAGGCUCUCCACCCCAACUUGCGCGGCGCAGUUUACGCCGUCGUGUUGCAGUAUGGAGGCAAGGAGGAGUACGACGCUCUGGUGAAGGAGUAUGAGACUGCCACAUCAUCAGACGAGCGCAACGCCGCCCUCCGCUCCCUCGGCCGUGCCAAGGACCCGGAACUCAUUCAACGCACCCUCGCGUACUCCAUCUCGAAGAGCGUCAAGGAACAAGACAUCUACCUUCCACUUGCCGGUCUACGUGCUCAUCAAGAAGGCAUUGAAGCCUUCUGGGCCUGGAUGAAGGAGAAUUGGGAUCUUCUCAAGGCGAAGAUGCCUCCCUCGUUCACAUUGCUGGGGUCUACCGUGUCCAUGGCCACCUCAAGCUUCACCAAGGAAGAGCAACUACGCGAUGUCGAGAAGUUCUUUGAGGGCAAGAGCACCAAAGGCUUCGACAGGAAUCUCGCGCAGAGCUUUGAUGCCAUCAAGGCCAAGAUUGGCUGGCUGCAGCGCGACAAGGUGGCCGUGGAGCAAUGGCUGAAGGAGAAGAAGUACUUGUAGUGUGGGCGCACUCUGUACAGCAACACGGUCGGAGUCGUGGACUUUACCAAUACCGCACAUUAUCUCGCCCUCGAUGGUGAUGUUCGAAUCAGUGAAAAUAUCAGUGGUGAGGAGCGCAAGAGUGGCAACGAUACUGGCUGCUCGGACAUUCCGGUCAAUGACCCUGUGAUUGAGUAUGUGUAGAAGGUGUACAAAAGUCUUGCUAGUAGUACACUGGUUCAUGAAAUCGGUUACAUAGGGCAUGUGCAUAUAUCAAAAUGGAUCAUCACGAC